GUGCUCUGGUCUGCAGGUCCCGUUCUAGGCAAUGGCCGAAUGCUGUCGGCACGUUUAAUUAACAGCCAUAUACCUCCAAGCCUCCAUCACCACUUUUUUGGUCUUGCCCGUCCAUUCUUGCGUCUUCUUGUCUCUUAUUUUCUGCAAGAACCCGUCCAUGGUAUCGGUCCAUUGACGCCACUCUCGCUUCUUGUCUUGGGUGAAGCAGAGAGAGUUUCUCUCACACAGCAGCCGCAGCCAUGUGGACCUCUUCGCGGAACACGAUAUUCAACUUCCUCUUCACCCUCUGCGUGGUCUCUUCCUUCAUCAUAAUCGUCUCUUCUGGUCCUGUUGAGCGAAGAGCGCCUGCUCCGGCCCCGGUACCGGCUCCAGAGGCCGCUCCAGAGGCUGCCCCCGAGCCUACUUAUUCUUACGAUGUCGUCAUCUACGGCAACACGGUCGCCGCAUUGGCUGCUGCCAUCCAGACCCUGCGCAUGAAGAAGACGGUAGCCAUUGUCUGCCCUGGAAGCACCAUUGGUGGUCUCACAGCUUCGGGUCUCGGCUGGACAGAUGCCAAGGAUGGCCGAUCCAUUGGUGGCAUUGCUCGCGAGUUCUACAGCAAGGUCUACAACCACUACCUCAAGACAAGCGCCUGGAAGUACGAGACAAGGGACAACUACAUUGGACGAAGGAUCGGAGCCCAGCCCGGACCCGCGAUCGAUACCGGCAAGAAGGUUCAAUGGACCUUUGAGCCUAAGGUCGCAGAGUAUGUCUGGGAGCAAUGGGUCAAGGAUGGCAAGAUCCUCAUCUACCGCAACCAGCAGAUCGACCGUUCUCCCAAGAGCGUCAAGUACAGCGGUACCAAGAUCCAGUCCUUCAAGACCCUUGAUGGAACCACCUUUGCCGGCAAGAUGUUUAUCGACGCCGGCUACGAGGGUGAUCUGAUGGAAUCUGCUGGCAUUCCCUUCCGCACUGGACGUGAGAGCCGGACCGACUACAACGAGGGCGCUGCUGGUGUCUACGUCAAUUCCAAGAACAGACUUACCAAUAUCGACCCGUACAACAAGAAGGGUGACCCUAGCAGUGGUUUGAUCGGCGGCAUCCAGCGAGUCAUCAAGGAUCCCGUUGCCGUUAGCGGCGAGGGCGAUCCUUACCGUCUGCAGUCCUACAACUACCGUCUCGCCCUCACCAAGAUGCCCGACAACCAGAUCCCCUUUGUCAAGCCUGCUGGAUACAACGAGACCGACUAUGAAAUCCUCUUCCGAUACAUCGAGGAGGGAGGCUACAGGGGCCCUUUCUUCACCAGCCAGCUCAUGCCCAACCUCAAGACCGACUCCAACGCCCAGGGCCAGGUUAGCACGGAUUUGAUCGGCGGCAACUUUGACCAUGAUUCCAACUAUGCAUUGGACUCUUACGCGCAGCGAGCCGCCACCGUCAAGAAGCACAAGCUGUGGACCCAGGGUUUCCUCUGGACCCUGGCUAACCACCCUCGCGUCCCCGAGAGCGUCCGCAAGGAUUAUAGCGCCUGGGGCUUGGCCAAGGACGAGUUUGUCAAGAAUGGCAACUGGCCUUAUGAGAUGUAUAUCCGUGAGGCUCGACGCAUGCACGGCGCCUACACAAUGGCGCAAUCCAAUGUCCAGAAGCCUGUUGCCUUUGAGGAGGACUCUAUCAUUGGCAUGGGCUCCUACUUCCUCGACGUGCACGCGGUCGAGCGUGUCCUCGUCGAUGGUAAAAUCUACGACGAGGGCUGGGUACACAUUACAACCAGCAGACCCUUCCCUAUCCCUUUGAACUCCAUCAUCACCAACUCAAGCAUUGCCACGAAUUUCCUCAACCCUGUCACCAUGAGUGCCACACACAUUGCCUACUCGGCCAUCCGCAUGGAGCCUUGCUACAUGGUGAUGGGCCAGAGCGCAGCCACAGCAGCCGUCCUGGCCAUCGAGCAGGGCGUCAGCAUCCAAAACGUCGACCGUGCCAAGCUCACGGCGCGUCUCAAUGCAGACAAGCAGGUUUUAACUCUUUAGGCCACGUCUUGAAUAUUCCUGUCUGUCGAGCCUGGGUAAUUUCUCUUGCUAUUGGAGUUUGGUGUUUGGUAACUUGACGUGGCCUGAACCAGUUGAUAAUAUACCACUUGUCUUUUCUAGCAUAGAGGCCAUAUUUAUCAUAGAGUACAUGAAUUACUGAGACCAUUAAGAGUCCACCUGCCUUUGUCCCUCCU